GAGUCCUGUGGGGUCGGGAAGGGUCGCCGUGGCGGGCGCCUGGGCCGCCGGGUGCCGAGCUUCGUUUUCUCCGACCGGUAGUCGUCUCUGCAGUGACUCCAGCACCACCGUUUCUUGGUGUCCACGAAGAUAACCCAUAGAGCUGAGGAAGUCGCCAAGAAUAGUGUGCUGGGGAUGCUCUAGGAAAAGACUGAAUGCUGAGGCAAUUUCUAGUCCAAAGGUUUUCGAUUUGCCAAGAAGGUGAACGUCAUGGAUCAGAACAACAGCCUCCCACCUUAUGCCCAGGGCCUGGCCUCCCCUCAGGGUGCCAUGACUCCUGGAAUCCCUAUCUUUAGUCCAAUGAUGCCUUACGGCACAGGACUGACUCCACAGCCUAUUCAGAACACCAACAGUCUGUCUAUUUUGGAGGAGCAGCAACGGCAGCAGCAGCAGCAGCAACAGCAGCAGCAGCAGCAGCAGCAGCAGCAGCAGCAGCAGCAGCAGCAGCAGGCGGCAGUGGCAGCCGUCCAGCAGUCAACGUCCCAGCAGGCAACCCAGGGGCCCUCGGGCCAGACACCACAGCUCUUCCACUCACAGACUCUUACGACUGCACCCUUGCCGGGCACCACUCCCUUGUACCCCUCCCCCAUGACCCCCAUGACCCCCAUCACGCCUGCCACGCCAGCCUCAGAGAGCUCCGGGAUCGUGCCGCAGCUGCAAAAUAUUGUAUCCACAGUGAAUCUUGGUUGUAAACUUGACCUAAAGACCAUUGCACUUCGUGCCCGAAAUGCUGAGUAUAAUCCCAAGCGGUUUGCAGCUGUCAUCAUGAGAAUAAGAGAGCCCCGCACCACUGCACUGAUAUUCAGCUCUGGGAAGAUGGUGUGCACGGGAGCCAAGAGUGAAGAACAGUCUAGACUAGCAGCAAGAAAAUAUGCCAGAGUUGUACAGAAAUUGGGUUUUCCAGCUAAGUUCCUGGACUUCAAGAUUCAGAACAUGGUGGGGAGCUGUGAUGUGAAGUUCCCUAUAAGGUUAGAAGGCCUUGUGCUAACCCACCAACAGUUCAGUAGUUAUGAGCCGGAGUUAUUUCCUGGUUUAAUCUACAGAAUGAUCAAACCGAGAAUUGUUCUCCUUAUUUUUGUUUCUGGAAAAGUUGUAUUAACAGGUGCUAAAGUCAGAGCAGAAAUUUACGAAGCCUUUGAGAACAUCUACCCUAUUCUGAAGGGUUUCAGGAAGACGACGUAAUGGCUGCUGUUCUCCUGCCUCCCCCACCCUUUUUUUUUUUUAAACCAGUUGGUUUUGGUACACUCGGUGGUGGUGUGGACGGCCCCACGUGGCAGAGGAUGGACGUCUGGUUGUAGGGUGCAGCACCAGGUGAAGCUCUCUUCCACGCGUACCCCAUGGGGUGCCGGAGGGUGUUGCUUCUGCACAGAGAGCACCAGAGCGUCCCUGCCAGUGGCUCCAGCUGUGCUGCUACACGGGCAGCGCUGCCUGUUAUUUAUAUUUAGAUUGUGAACACUUACUGCUGUUGACAGGCUGGUUUAAGGGACAAAACUAAGUGUUAAAGCCACCUCAACAAUUGACUGGACUUUAUUUUAAUUUCUUCCCCAUAAACCACAGUUUUUAUAUUUCUACCAGAAAAGUAAAACUCUUUUUUAAAAGUGUUGUUUUCUAAUUUGUAACUCCUGAGGGUUAUUUUUGUGCCAGACACAUUCCGCCUUUUCAGUAUUGCAGGACAGAAUAGAAAUGUAUUAAUGAAAACAAAUGGCUGUACAUAUUUUUCUCCUUCAGAGUACUCUGUACAAUAAAUGCUGUUUAUA